AUGAUUAUUGAUGCUUUUCCCUUGUUUCUUGGGCUGGCCACUUUGGCUAAUGCCCAGUUUGAUGGAUCUCGAUAUGCAUGGUACACAUCUCCAGCUACCGAUUUCAACUCUGCCUUGCCCAUCGGCAAUGGCAGACUUGGUGGCUUAAUGUACUGUACUCCAACUGAGCGAAUCUCCUUGAAUGAAAACUCUAUUUGGAGCGGGCCGUUCCUUAAUCGCCUCAACCCGAAUUCCCAUGGUGUGAUAAAUGAAGUUCGAUCUUUACUGCAAUCCGGAAAUAUCACUGGUGCCGGGCAGGUAGCCCUGCCAAAUAUGGCAGGGCAACCAACCUCUCCCCMGCAAUAUAACCCUCUUGGGCAGUUGAACUUAGACUUUGGUCAUUCAAGUCAAGGAUCUCUGGAGCGUUGGCUCGAUACAUAUCAGGGAAAUGCUGGGUGCAGCUAUCUCUACAACGGAGUCAACUACACACGCGAGCUUAUUGGAAAUUAUCCCACUGGUGUACUGGCUAUGCGUCUACAGUCCAGUCAAAGUGGCCAACUCAAUGUUAAAAUUUCCCUCGCGCGUCAGCAGUAUGUUACUAGCAACACAGCCAGUUCGAGCAACGGCAUCAAUUCCGUAACGAUGAAAGCGAACAGUGGUAAUACAAAUCCAAUAUCGUUCACUGCUGAGGCACAAAUCGUCACAAGUGGAGGAACCGUUUCUACCAAUGGUUCAACAAUUACGGUCUCGGGAGCAACCACUGUAGACAUCUACUUUGACGCGGAAACUUCGUACAGGUAUAGUAGUGAAAGUGCGUGGGAGGCGGAAUUGACUAGAAAAUUGGCGAGUGCAUCUAGCCAGGGCUAUCCAGCUUUGCGAACAGCUGCAAUUGCAGAUAACACAGCAUUGACUGGACGCGUCUCGCUGAAUCUCGGAAACUCCGCUGGCUCUACGUCGAGCCUACCAACCAAUCAACGACUGUCAAACUACAAGAAUAACCCUGGCAAUGACGUUCAGUUGGUCACAUUGUUGUAUAAUUUCGGGAGACAUCUCUUAGUGGCUUCAUCUCGAGAUACUGGAGCACUUUCACUUCCAGCAAAUCUGCAAGGGAUCUGGAAUGAAGAUUUCAGUCCUUCGUGGGGAAGUAAAUACACCAUUAAUAUCAACCUUGAAAUGAACUACUGGCAUGCGGAGACGACAAAUUUAGCAGAGACGACGAAGCCCUUCUGGGAUCUGUUGGCGCUUGCUCAAGGUCGUGGACAGCUGGCAGCUUCGAACAUGUACGGAUGUGGUGGAUUCGUCCUGCAUCAUAACACUGACUUAUGGGGUGAUCCAGCCCCUGUUGACUACGGGACACCAUAUACGAUUUGGCCUAUGGGUGGCGCAUGGCUCUCCACGCAUCUCAUGGAACACUACAGGUUUACAGGUAACGAGACUUUCCUGCAGGAAACUGCUUGGCCAAUCCUCCAGAGUGCAGCCGAGUUUUAUUUCUGCUAUACCUUCACGUGGAACGGAUACUAUACUACUGGGCCGUCCUUGUCUCCCGAGAAUCCAUUUAUAGUGCCGUCAAAUGAGUACCAAUCAGGGAGCGCGGAAGGUAUUGACAUUUCACCAACUAUGGACAAUUCUCUACUUUACCAACUAUUCACUGAUGUGAUCGAGGCGUGCAAGGUUUUGCAACUAUCGUCGGGCGACUGCUCUAAAGCCCAGUCAUAUCUUGCAAAGAUCAAACCUCCACAGAUAGGUUCAUAUGGACAGAUUCUUGAGUGGCGUCAAGAAUAUGUAGAACAGCAGCCUGGGAUGCGUCACCUUUCACCGCUGUUUGGGCUUUAUCCAGGGUCGCAGAUGACACCUACUGUAUCGCAGUCUCUGGCUAAUGCGUCAGGUGUAUUGCUCAACCAUCGCAUGCAGAACGGUAGUGGAGACACGGGCUGGUCGCGUGCUUGGGUAAUUGCCUGCUACGCACGUCUAUUCAAUGGCAACUCAGCAUGGAGUAGUGUACAAGCCUUCUUGCAGACGUAUCCGUUAACGAAUCUAUUCAACAGUAACAACGGCCCUCCUAUGCAAAUAGAUGGCAACUUUGGCUUUACGGCGGGKGUGACAGAACUCUUUCUUCAAUCCCAUGGGAAUAUCGUUCACAUCCUACCAGCGUUGCCGUCCUCUGUGCCAACGGGUAGCGUUACAGGUCUUGUUGCUCGCGGCGGUUUUGUCGUUGACAUACAAUGGGCGAACGGCGCUUUGGUAUCUGCCACAAUCACUUCAAAAUUGGGAAACACUCUUGCGUUGAGUGUAGGAAAUGGACAGACAUUCAGCGUGAAUGGCGUGACAUAUUCAGCGCCUAUUGUGGGACUGGAGUUGCGCAGCACUGGGGACAGUGUGGUGGACAAGGGUGGACUGGGCCAACCUCAUGCGUUGCACCCUACACAUGUCAAGUAG